AUGUCCAGCGUCUCCCAAUUCGCCGACCUGAAUGAUCACUACUGCUACACUUAUAUUACGAUGCCGCCGACGCGAACAGCUAAGUCAGACGAGGCCAAGAAGGUGGCAAAUGCUGCCGUGUAUGGAUCGAGGCCGGCGUUUCAAAGCGACCCAUCAGCUCUCUCCGGCGCGUUCGGCUCACAUGUGGAAGUACCCUAUUAUCCAUUCACCCCGAGCAACAUCAAGGCAGAAUAUUUCAUGUCAGUCAAGGCGGAGCCGCAGUUCGAUCAAGGAAUACCUGUACCUCAAUUUCCUCCAGACGCCGCAGCUGCUGUGCAAUUCGACGCCGAUGAUUUCAGCGACGAUGAGUAUCUCAGCUCCAACGAAACAGCACCGGCACCGAAGAGGACAUCCAAGCCGAAGACUGCAAGAGCGCCGCGUCCCACAGGACCCAAAGGAUCUGUCAGCGUUUGCUUCAGAAAUGAUAUCGAGUGGCAGAACCAGCGUGUCGAAUGGCUCGGCCACGCUACGAGGGCGGUUGUGUUUCGAGACGAAUUAACGCCCUUCGACUAUCACGACGUCAACUAUGAUUCUACCAACUCAGCCAAGGAGUUUACUGACGACGAUGUCAUCAAGAUAGCCCAUACCUAUCCGAAGCUGAAAAUCAUUUCCCUCUCAGGCACAUCGGGCCUCACAAAAAAGGCAUUCCUUGGGCUGUGCGAACAUUGUCCCGACCUCACAAAUCUGCACAUCAGUACUGCCUCGAGAAAUAAUUCGAACACGGGCCAAAACGUAGUAUUUGAAGCACUGACAAAUCAUCCGGAGUGGGUGCCAAAGUUAGAGGAGCUUCGUAUCUCGAAGAUGAGCUGGACAAGCAGCGUACUGCGAGUCCUGUCGAAGGCACGGCCGAAGCUCCACAUUGUACUUGUAUCAACCACAGAGGAUAAGAAAUGCAUGGACGAUUGGGAGUUGAAACACUCUCAGUCUGAGUGGUGGAACGGAAAGUGCCAGGACAGGUCCGGAGUGGCUAAGAGGGAGCAGAGGAGAUUCGACAGGUCACUUGAGCGCGACUUUUACGAGUAUGGGUCCUUCUACUAG